UCUGAACUCACCACCAAAAAAUGGAGGAAACUCACCACCAAAUGAAGCACAACAGUUGGUGGUGGAGGCAGUAGCGGUGACGGCAGGCGAUUAAAGAAGGCAAAACAAGCAGUAAGAGAGACACAGAACGCAACCGAGGAAACUAAACCGUAACACAAGAUGAGUGACAUUGACCGCCUGCUCAGUCGGCUUGAGUCGAGUGUAAACAAGGAUCGAGAAAUCGAACGAAUUAUGGGUUCAUUUAAAUUGAAUGCCUACGAUGUUUUAGGUGUGAUGCCCGGCAUCAGCCCCGAGGAAAUUCGUAACGUCUACAGGAAAAUGUCUCUUCUCAUUCAUCCAGACAAGAAUCGCGAUAAUCCUAAAGCAGCCGAGGCGUUCGACGUGCUUAAGAAAGCGGAAUCAGAACUACUGGAUGACAAGGUCCGGGAAUCGUUAGACUCAGCCUUUACAACAGCGCGCAACCUUGUAAUGCGUGAGAAGAAGCUCAAUGUCAAUUCAGAAGAGGUGAAGAGUGAGGAGUUUCUCUUCCAGGUACGGAUGAAAUGGCGCGAAAUUCUUAUUGAAGAUGAAGUCGCCAGACGACGAGCUCGGACACUAGAACAAGCUUAUCAAAGACGCGAACGAGAGAAGGAAGAGGAAGUCAUACGGGAACGCAAGAUGAAAGCUGAAUCGGAGCGUGUUUGGGAAGAGACUCGCUCCCACCGAGUCAACAACUGGCAAAAGUUUUUACAUAAAACGAAGAAAGACAGUCUUAAAAAGAAAUCUAAGAAACCGAAGGUCUUGGGAUAAACAAGGUUUAAGAACGUUACAUCUAACAACUAAAACUAAGCGAACAACGACGUACCAAAGCAUCGGCAUAUAGCUCAGAGAGUGUCACAUAUACACACACAUAUUCAUAUAUAAUAGACACGCACAUGCAGGCAGUACGAUGACACGCCCCACAAAUUUCCCCUUCACAGACAGCAAGUAGGAGAGAGGAAUAAGAAGAGUAGUGAACCAUUCACAUUCGCUCACACCCAUGUGCAGAUUCACAGAGAAAACAAGUGGGCAUCAAGCGAACACGAACAUAAGCCGAAACGAAAGGGCAACAUUUAUAUGGCAACAUCUGGUGUCUGCACUGUCACCAAAGCCUAUACAGUUCUUAAGCAGAAAGAAUCACCAAGGCUCGUCAGCUUGUUCACCGUGCUCGCGUACUGCAAAUCCCAAAGCAAUCAAACACAGUUAUUGUGUCUGCACAUUAAGUUCAUAGGGUCCGCUUACACGGUACCCUUUCUUGUUGCUAUUUCAGUCACACAAUGAGUAAUAUACCUCGUAGUCUGUUCAUCGAACACGCACAAACACACACACACAUAAUACACACUCGCAUGCAUACACUUGGCUUCACGGAUACCGUGGUACACAAUUGCUGUAGGGAAGAUGUGCAACAAAACGUGUGAACUGCAGGUACCCAGACUGUGUGGACUUAAACACUUUUGGGAGAAUUAAAUGAGAGAAAGGCAAACAGCAAAGGAUGAACAGCUGCCCUUUUGAAUGGAGGAUUACCGCCGCUUACACGCACCUACGCGUGUUCACGACGAUCGAUCAGUGUGUAAGGCGGAAUGCAAGCGAGAGAUACACAGCAGUACUAACUAAGCUUUAUGUGCGUUGUUUCCAUUAGAUCCCUCAUCGUUAAUGUGAGCCAGAGGUCCUUGCUCAGAACCAUGCUCGUCAGAGCCAUCGUCACUGCCAACAAUGCCCUUAGUUUUAUCAGCAGCAGCUUGAGCAGCGCGUUCACGCUCUCUCGCCUCCUGCUCCUGACGCUCCAUUUCGGCCAUAUGCCGAAGAUCGUCAUCACUAGGUUCGUAUAUGUGCCAAAUCACAUAGUGAGGCAGACCAACCACUGAAUAGCCCAUCUUGCGAGCCAUUUUACCGAAACCUUCCGUUUCAGCGUGUCGCUCAAACGAAAAUGCUGGGAAGUGACAACCACUGAAGAAUACGUAGGAUUUGGCCAAAAUAGACACACCUCCAAUACCGUCCAAGGGCAUUUCAUCAGAAGGGUCACCG